GCUUGCGUAGUGUAGGAUCGGGCGCGUGUGCCCCGCCGGUUCUUUCCCGGCUGGAUCUUCUGGCGCACACGGCUCCUCCUCCCGCUUUCUACCCCCCACCUCGCCGCGGCCCGGUACUAGCUUGUUAUAACGGUGAGGGAGCCGUCUGUAUCUUGUGCUCCCAAGACGGCCGUAGUGCGCUCUCCCGGCGCGUGGCAGUAGCCAUGGCAAUGGAUCAAGUGAACGCGCUGUGCGAGCAGCUGGUGAAAGCGGUGACGGUCAUGAUGGACCCCAGCUCCACCCAGCGCUAUCGGCUGGAAGCCCUGAAGUUUUGUGAGGAGUUUAAAGAAAAGUGCCCUGUCUGUGUCCCCUGUGGUUUGAAGCUGGCUGAGAAAACACAGAUUGCUAUCGUCAGACAUUUCGGUCUUCAGAUCCUGGAACACGUUGUCAAGUUUCGGUGGAACAGCAUGUCUCGAUUGGAGAAGGUCUAUCUGAAGAACAGUGUCAUGGAGCUGAUUGAAAAUGGAACACUGAAUAUUUUGGAAGAGGAGAACCAUAUUAAAGAUGUUCUGUCUCGAAUUGUAGUAGAAAUGAUCAAGCGGGAAUGGCCACAGCACUGGCCCGACAUGCUCAUAGAAUUGGACACUCUUUCCAAACAAGGGGAAACACAGACAGAAUUAGUGAUGUUCAUCCUUUUGCGACUGGCAGAGGAUGUAGUGACCUUUCAUACACUGCCCUUUCAAAGAAGAAGGGACAUCCAGCAAACAUUAACCCAGAACAUGGAAAGGAUCUUCAGUUUUCUACUUAACACACUUCAAGAAAAUGUAAACAAGUACCGGCAAGUGAAUACAGAUAAUACUCAGGAGCCAAAGGCUCAAGCACACUGUCGUGUCGGGGUGGCAGCCCUGAAUACUCUGGCCGGCUACAUUGACUGGGUGUCCAUGAGUCACAUCACUGCUGAGAACUGCAGACUCCUGGAGGUGCUGUGCCUGCUUCUGAAUGAACAGGAGCUUCAGCUGGGAGCCGCUGAAUGUCUUCUCAUUGCAGUCAGCAGGAAAGGCAAAUUAGAAGACCGGAAGCCCUUAAUGGUCUUAUUUGGAGAUGUUGCCAUGCAUUAUAUUCUCUCUGCUGCACAGACUGCUGAUGGAGGAGGCUUGGUAGAAAAACACUAUGUUUUCCUGAAGAGACUCUGUCAGGUGCUAUGUGCUCUGGGCAAUCAGCUCUGUGCAUUGCUGGGUGUGGAUUCUAAUGUAGAAACACCAGCAAACUUUGGGAAAUACCUGGAAUCUUUUCUUGCUUUCACAACGCAUCCAAGUCAGUUUCUACGUUCUUCAACUCAGAUGACUUGGGGAGCCCUCUUCCGGCAUGAGAUCCUAUCCCAUGACCCUUUGCUAUUAGCAAUAAUACCAAAAUAUCUUCGUGCUUCUAUGACGAACUUGGUCAAGAUGGGCUUUCCUUCUAAAACAGACAGCCCUAGCUGUGAAUAUUCUCGAUUUGAUUUUGACAGUGAUGAGGACUUCAAUGCUUUCUUCAACUCUUCCCGGGCCCAACAGGGAGAGGUAAUGAGGCUAGCAUGUCGUUUGGAUCCCAAGACUAGCUUCCAAAUGGCUGGAGAAUGGCUAAAAUAUCAGCUGUCAACUUCUGUUGAUACUGCAUCCAUAAACUCUGGAACUGGGGAAGGUGGCCUCUGCUCCAUCUUCUCCCCUUCAUUUGUGCAGUGGGAAGCCAUGACCUUUUUUUUGGAAAGUGUAAUCAACCAGAUGUUUCGAAUACUAGAUAAAGAAGAAAUCCCUGUUAGUGAUGGACUAGAGCUAUUGCAGAUGGUCCUGAACUUUGACACUAAGGACCCUCUCAUUCUGUCUUGUGUCCUCACUGAUGUCUCAGCACUCUUUCCAUUUGUCACCUACAGACCAGAGUUUCUACCCCAGGUCUUCUCUAAGCUAUUUUCAUCUGUCACUUUUGAAACUGUUGAAGAAAGUAAGGCCCCCAGAACCAGGGCAGUGAGGAACGUGAGAAGACAUGCUUGUUCCUCCAUCAUCAAGAUAUGUCGAGACUACCCCCAUCUUGCACUGCCCAAUUUUGACAUGCUUUACAACCACGUGAAACAACUCCUCUCCAAUGAGCUACUCCUGACACAAAUGGAGAAGUGUGCCCUCAUGGAAGCCCUGGUUCUCAUUAGCAACCAGUUCAAGAACUAUGAGCGUCAGAAGAUGUUCCUAGAGGAGCUGAUGGCACCGGUGGCUGGCAUCUGGCUUUCUGAAGACAUGCACAGAGUGCUGUCAGACGUUGAUGCAUUUCUUGCCUAUGUGGGUGCAGAUCGGAAAAGCUGCGACCCUGCCCUGGAGGAUUCCUGUGGCUUAAACCGUGCACGAAUGAGCUUUUGUGUGUAUAGCAUUCUGGGUGUUGUGAAACGAACGUGUUGGCCCACCGACCUCGAAGAGGCCAAAGCUGGAGGGUUUGUGGUGGGUUACACACCCACUGGAAAUCCCAUCUUCCGUAAUCCCUGUACAGAACAGAUUCUGAAACUUCUUGACAAUUUGCUUGCCCUUAUAAGAACUCACAAUACUUUAUAUGCACCAGAAAUGCUAGCCAAAAUGGUAGAGCCUUUCACAAAGGCUCUGGAUAUGCUUGAAGUGGAAAAAUCUGCUAUUUUAGGAUUACCUCAGCCUCUCCUGGAACUGAAUGACUCUCCUGUUUACAAAACAGUCCUAGAAAGAAUGCAGCGUUUCUUCUCCACCCUCUACGAAAACUGUUUCCAUAUCCUGGGGAAGGCAGGCCCCUCCAUGCAGCAGGACUUUUACACUGUGGAGCAUCUGGCUACCCAGCUUCUCAGCUCAGCCUUCGUCAAUUUGAACAAUAUUCCCGACUAUCGACUCAGACCCAUGCUUCGGGUCUUUGUGAAGCCUCUGGUGCUCUUCUGUCCCCCAGAGCACUACGAAGCCCUGGUGUCUCCCAUCCUCGGACCUCUUUUCACCUACCUCCACAUGAGGCUUUCCCAAAAAUGGCAGGUCAUCAACCAGAGGAGCCUGCUGUGUGGAGAAGAUGAGACUGCAGAUGAAAACCCAGAGUCUCAAGAGAUGCUAGAGGAACAGCUGGUGAGGAUGUUAACCCGAGAAGUCAUGGACCUAAUCACCGUGUGCUGUGUUUCAAAGAAAGGUGCUGAUCAUAAUACUGCUCCCCCUGCAGAUGGAGAUGAUGAAGAGAUGAUGGCCACAGAGGUAACCCCCUCGGCCAUGACGGAGCUUACAGACCUGGGCAAAUGCCUAAUGAAGCACGAGGAUGUCUGUACGGCGCUGUUAAUUACAGCCUUCAAUUCCCUGGCCUGGAAGGAUACUUUGUCCUGCCAGAGGACGACUACACAGCUCUGCUGGCCCCUCCUCAAACAAGUGUUGUCAGGGACGCUGCUCUCAGAUGCUGUGACAUGGCUUUUCAGCAGCGUGCUGAAGGGCUUGCAGACGCACGGGCAGCACGACGGCUGCAUGGCUUCCCUGGUGCACCUGGCUUUCCAGAUCUACGAGGCACUGCGUCCCAGGUACCUGGAGAUAAGAGCUGUUAUGGAGCAGAUCCCUGAAAUACAGAAAGACUCUCUGGACCAGUUUGACUGCAAGCUUUUGAACCCCUCUCUGCAAAAAGCUGCUGAUAAGCGCCGGAAGGACCAAUUCAAACGCCUCAUUGCUGGUUGCAUUGGGAAACCCUUGGGAGAGCAGUUCCGAAAAGAAGUUCACAUUAAGAAUCUUCCCUCACUUUUCAAAAAAUCAAAGCCAGUAUUGGAGACGGAGGUGCUGGACAAUGAGGAGGGUGGCCUGGCCACCAUCUUUGAACCCUGAAUCAAGCUUUUGGGCGUCCUUUCUUGGCCUUUAUUGUCAUCUCUUCUCCUUCGUAGCUACUCUCUAGGCCCCUCUUCACUGCCACCCCACUCACGUCCAUUGUCGGCCUGGAGAGAUCCAGGUUUGGAGCUGGAGAGUGGGCCCUGUGCAGGGCCAGAAGUAAUCAUACUGAAGUAUCAGGAAAGGGAGCCGGGGCUUACACCACGCUGUCUAGACCUCCCAGGGUCUCCCAUGCUGCUUGGAGUUUUGGCUUUUCCAAGAGAGAAGAGCUAGAGCAGAGCAGCCCUUCUCCCCAAGCCCUGCCGCCCCCGUGCAGCCAUACACCUGUGUAGAGUGGUAACUAGGGGUGCUGUACCCAGCACUUCAACUAGCCGGCCUUGUGGCAAGGGCUCAGCCCUGAAGUACUUGUGCCUAAGUGUUUCUCCUGGACCAUUGCAAGUCCCACUGAGCCCCCAUGCUGCUGGGCUGACAGGGAGCCUUUCCCAUCCACCAGGGGCUUGUCUGGGUCAGGUGCCAAGUGCUGAACUGAAUUUGGCCAGUUCCCUCUGUUUUAAACAAGAAUCUGGUCUGCUGAUGGGGUCCACGGAACAGGCUUUUGCUAAGCUCUGGACGCAGUAUUAAGUAUAGUACCUUCAGGGACUGGGGCUGAGUCAGCAUCUGUAGUGUUAACAUCCCCCUAAGAACCCACACGUGCCCUUCCACGAAUGACCUCAGUGUGCUUUUCCCAGCCCCAGGGUCCACUCAGGCACAAGAGCCACAGUACCCUACCUAGUGUCAAGUGAUAUCAUUGGCAUCUAAGGAUAAUCCAGACCAACUAGGCUACAUCUGUGACAAGCAGCUAGCAAAGCCACUGGUCUCUCCAAGGACUAGCUGAGUCCAGGUGCCUUCAAAAAUCUCAUGGUCUUUCAGGACCCUGGUCAUUUCUGUCACGGACCAUUUUCCAAAAGAAAAUAUGCCUUCCUAUUUUGAGUUUCCAGCCCACUUUAGAGAUCACUGGGUGGCCCUAGUAAGCAUAAGAGAAUAGAUGCCAGACCCUAGCCUUGAGGUCCUUGCUCACCAUACACAAGCUUAACCCAUACAGAAACCAUACGAUAUGUGUCCACGUGUUCUGCACAGAGGCCUGUCGAUCCAGCUCACUGAGGAGGGUUUCAGUGAGGACUGAGUGGAACAGCAUGGACAGAAGCUACAGCUUUUAGCUUGUGUUGGUCCCAGGCAAGAAGGCUUAGGAAGGGGUGAAGCUGGGGAAACAGAACUUGGUGUCCAGUAUAGUUGUUUCUGUGGCAGAGACUUGUCCCACACCCUCUUCCUGAGUGGUGCUCUGGGCUUAUCAACUGUGAAGGCCAUCUCAAAGCAUGGUUCCCUCCAAACGUGUUAGCUGCCUACUCCUCUCUGUAGUUGGGGCUGUGGAGGGCAUAGUUGUAUUUAUUGUGUUGUACUAUUUUUAACAUCUUGUGACUUCAUGCUAGAAGUUUUCUAUUGUUUAUAGAACCUUUUUGUAGAAACAUAACUCUAAAGCACAUCUGCAUGUCAGUAAAAAUCUCAAUUUCAUACAGAAAGAGCCCAUCUGUCUUUUUCAAAGUAGUGACAUACCUCAUGUCCCUGAGUGGACAGGAAGAACUGAUGGACCUGCUCUGUCAAGCAUUCUGAAACAGUAUACCAGCUAGAAAAAGAUUUCUAUCCUCAACACACGUAGACCAGGCAACCCAUACCAUUCUCCAGAGUUGUCUCUGGUGACCCCUGGAUCUGACCCUGGGGACAGUCCAAAGGGAUUGCUGUUCUUCAUACAGUUCUUGGUAACAAUGUAAAUUGACUGCUAGGGACCACUCUUUUUUUGAUCAGCAACUUCUUCCAGUAUCAAAGAGACAGCUUAACUGGCACAGUGUUUUUGUACAGUCUGACUGUGGCCACCUCGAUUUGGCAUUUCUCACAAAGCCUCAGAGGGACUUGGUCCAGACCUGCAACGACAUCUGAGCCCAAUGUUCCUGUCAGUGCCAAACCUGUUUUGAGAUUAUGGCCCAGUAUCUGUGGACUGAAACAGAAAGAGUAGUCUCAGACUAAACAAUUUGUGUUUGGGUAU